AACUCCCCCUUUCCAACAAUUUUCAUGCCAUCGUUUUCAAAGAAAUGAGAGUGGGACUGGCCUCCCUCAUCCUCCCGCAGUCCACCGCUCUCCUCACCACCGGUAUCUCGCCCUAUUAUUCUCACCUCCCUCCAAAACCUUCUCCAAACCCUAGAACAAAAAACCCUAACCCUAGCUUUCUCUCCCCUCUCCGAUCCUCUCGCCCCUUCUCCGCCAUGGCCGCCGCUUACAAGCCGGAGCAAGCUAGGGUUCCGCCCGUACUCCCCCCUCCUCCUCCGCCCGUCUCCAAGUUUAAGAUAGCUUUGUGCCAGUUGUUUGUGACUGCGGAUAAAGAGAGGAACAUUGAGCACGCUCGAAAGGCCAUCGAGGAGGCUGCUGGUAAAGGAGCCGAGCUCGUGCUGUUGCCUGAAAUAUGGAAUAGUCCAUAUUCAAAUGAUAGCUUUCCAGUGUAUGCCGAGGAUAUUGAGGCUGGUGGUGAUGCAGCUCCGUCAUUCUCUAUGCUUUCCGAAGCUGCUCGCACUCUUCAGAUUACUAUCAUUGGAGGCUCAAUACCAGAGCGAUGUGGUGACCACUUGUACAAUACUUGUUGUGUUUUUGGGAAGGAUGGAGUUCUCAAGGGUAAACAUAGAAAGCUACAUCUUUUCGACAUUGAUAUCCCGGGCAAGAUUACUUUCAAAGAAUCAAAGACUCUUACAGCUGGGCAGAAUCCUACUAUUGUUGAUACAGAUGUUGGGCGCAUCGGUAUUGGUAUUUGUUAUGACAUCCGCUUCCAGGAACUGGCAAUGUUAUAUGCAGCAAGAGGUGCUCAUCUAAUUUGCUAUCCUGGGGCAUUUAACAUGACCACUGGUCCUUUGCAUUGGGAGUUGCUCCAAAGAGCAAGGGCUGCUGAUAAUCAGUUAUUUGUGGCAACUUGUUCCCCUGCUCGGGAUACUAGUGCUGGUUAUACUGCUUGGGGUCACUCAACACUUGUCGGACCUUUUGGCGAAGUGAUUGCAACCACCGAGCAUGAGGAGGCAAUAAUUGUUGAAGAAAUUGACUAUUCACUAAUUGAGCUUCGGAGAUCUAAUCUGCCACUGGAGAAGCAACGACGUGGAGAUUUGUACCAGCUGUUGAUGCCAAAGAGUCGCUCUCAUUAAAUACUCCAUUGGUUAAGAUUUCACCAUAAUCUCGCCAAUUUAGCAGCUUUUUGUAUCACCUUACAGAUUCAAUAAUCUCAGCAGCAAUAAUAAAUGUCAGUGACAUAUGAUAAAAUUAAGAAUGGCGUUUUCUCUCCCUUCUCUUUAACACUGUUGCUGUAAUUCACUCUUAAUUGUUUCAGUGGUCUCUGUAGAAGUCCUACUUAUGUGUAACUUUAUUUUGCUAAA